AAAACAGCCUUUGCUUCGUCAAAAUCUACCAGCUUUUGCUUUUAGAAACCGAACCAGAUAAAGAUACAGAGAAAACACCACAAAAUAUACAGAGAAAGAAAACGAUGGAGAUACUGCAAGAAGAUGAAGAGUACAACUGGAGAGAAGUAAAGUUGCCUUCAUUGAUUCCAGUAAUACCCGAACCAGGGCUAGAAAGGGAGACGGGGGAGAGAAGGAGAGGCAGAGACAUACUUAUAGCUAUUGAUCAUGGACCUAAUAGCAAGCACGCUUUUGACUGGGCUUUGAUUCACCUUUGCAGACUAGCUGACACCCUCCAUCUUGUCCAUGCUGUUUCGAGUGUGCAGAAUACUGUUGUUUAUGAGACAAGCCAGCAGCUCAUGGAGAAGCUUGCCGUAGAGGCUUUGCAGGUUGCCAUGGUUAGGACUGUGGCUCGGAUUGUGCAAGGGGAUGCUGGAAAGGUAAUUUGCAAUGAAGCAGAAAGGUUAAAGCCUGCAGCUGUAGUGAUGAGUACCAGAGGCAGAAGCCUAGUUCAAAGUGUACUUCAGGGUAGUGUGAGUGAAUAUUGCUUCCACCAUUGUAAAGCAGCACCUGUUAUAAUCGUUCCUGGGAAAGGUACUGCUUUCAAAAUUAAAACCUUUUGUUUAGUUAGAACUGUCAUGGAAUUUUUAUCAAGUUCAUAUAUUUAUUAUUGAUUUCCAGAAGAUGGAGAUGAAUCAUUGAUAUAGCGGAUUCAGCACUUGAAGGUCACGGAUUUUGUUCGAUUGAUUGAGCAGGAUAGUAAGGUUUUGAAGAAGUUGAUUGUCAAUAUGUAACAAGUCAUGUAUGGUGGUAAUUAUUUGUGGUGUUUAAUAUGUAGUAAGGAUGUGUAUUAUAUGUAUAAUUACUACACAUUUGAAUGAUUAUUGUUGAAGUUAGCUAUA